AUGGAACAGUAUCUAAACGUAGCAAGAUAUGUACUCGAACACGGUCGACGCAAAGAAAGUCGCACAGGGGUCGAUACCCUUUCGACAUUUAACUACAACUACGAAAUAGACCUUCGCAAGGGCUUUCCUUUGUUGACGACGAAGGAAAUAUCCUGGAAGAACAUAGUCAUAGAAAACCUGUGGUUUCUAUCUGGAAGUACGAAUAUCGAAUUGCUGCGUCAGCACGAUUGCAAAUUUUGGGAACCCUGGGCUGAUGAAGGUGGUUAUGUCCCCAGCGCCUACGGGAAUUUCUGGCGCUCAUUUCCGGCACCCAACGGUACAAGCGUUCAGACUAUCGACCAAGUCGCUUGGGUGCUUGACCAAAUCAAGAAUGAUCCGAUGAGCCGCCGACAUGUUGUUUCCGCAUGGGCACCUUCCAACGCCCAUGACAGCCAGUUGCCUCCAUGCCAUGCGUUCUGGAUCAUCAAUGUUCAGAUGGAUGACGAAAACAAUCCAUUUUUGUGUCUACAUCUCACACAGCGAAGCGCGGAUGUUGCUCUUGGCGUUCCAUACAAUAUCGCCGGAUAUGCAUUUAUUCUUGAAUUGUUUGCCCACUUGACCGGCAUACAAGCGGGUGUGUUCGCCCAUACUCUGGUUGACGCUCAUAUCUACACAUCAAAGCCAGAUGGCUCGCUUGCUGAAUAUGAUCAUGUGCCAGGAUUGAAGGAGCAGUUAACUCGAACACCGAGAGAACUCCCACAAUUGAAGAUUGACAGUUCGAUCAAGUCUCUGGAUGACAUUGACAGAAUUCUAGAAUCCAACAUCGAUGAAAUUCUCGAUACGUUUCACCUUUCCGGAUACAACCCGUAUCAGGCAAUUAAAUUCAAUGUCGCGGUCUAG